GUUCCACCUGAUGAGUUAGAGUCAGUUUCCAAGAAAAUGAAGUUUGAACCUGAAGUUGCAUCGUAUUUGGCAAUGGAUCCAAUGGUCUGUACCAGCAUGGAUGGUGAUCCUGGCAGUGUUAGUGUAAAAGUGGAAGGUGCUGGAUUGAGUUUGGCGGUUGAACAGGCAAAUGGUGAAUUUAGCAUUGGUUCUGUUAAGCCGGAGACUCAAUCUCAUCUCAGUGGUGGAAGCCUGGGUAAUGAUAUGUCAGAGGAGAAGGGAGGUGGCGUGGAUAAGACUUCGAUGGAAAAGAUGGGUAAUCUAGAAAAUCUUCCUGACAAUUGUGAGCUGGUGAACUUGGUUAAAUUGGCUAGGCACUCUUGGCUCAAGAAUUGUGAAUUUCUUCAGGAUUGUGCUAUUCGUUUCUUGUGUGUCUUAUCAUUGGAUCGUUUUGGAGACUAUGUAUCGGAUCAAGUUGUGGCUCCUGUUCGUGAGACUUGCGCACAAGCUUUAGGCGCUGUGCUUAAGUACAUGCAUCCUACUCUAGUUCACGAGACACUGAAUAUCUUGUUACAGAUGCAGCGUAGACCGGAAUGGGAGAUUCGUCAUGGGAGUCUUUUGGGGAUCAAGUAUCUAGUUGCCGUGCGGCAGGAGAUGCUUACUGAGUUGCUUGGCUGUGUUCUCCCGGCAUGUAAAGCUGGGCUCGAAGAUCCUGAUGAUGAUGUGAGAGCUGUUGCAGCAGAUGCAUUAUUACCCACUGCAGCGUCUGUUGUUGCUUUAAACGGUCAGCUGUUGCAUUCUAUAGUCAUGUUGCUUUGGGAUAUUUUGCUUGACUUGGAUGAUCUAAGUCCAUCUACGAGCAGUGUGAUGAAUCUGUUGGCAGAGAUCUACUCUCAGGAGCAAAUGAUUCCCAAAGCUUUUGGGGAGAAAAAAAUUUUUGAUCUCAAUGAAAUUGAUCGACAAGAUGACCUUGGGGAAGGGAUAUGGUCUUCAGAAAAUCCUUAUAUGCUAUCAACAUUGGCGCCAAGAUUAUGGCCUUUCAUGAGACAUAGUAUCACUUCAGUCCGUUAUUCAGCUAUCCGGACUUUGGAGCGAUUGCUUGAAGCCGAAUAUAAGAGGAGCAUUGCUGAGUCAUCUAGCUCUUUCUGGCCUCCAUUUAUUUUGGGUGAUACACUCAGGAUUGUUUUCCAGAAUUUGCUGCUUGAAUCAAAUGAGGAGAUCGUGCAGUGCUCAGGCAGGGUUUGGAGGAUCCUUCUCCAGCUGAGAAAAUUGGUCUUAGUUAUUGAUCUUCUUAUAUUUGAGAUAUCUAUUUCAAUUGCUGUUAGUGCCCCGGUGGAAGACUUGGAAUCUGCUUCAAAGGCAUAUUUUUCUUCCUGGUUGGAGUUAGCAACUACUCCAUAUGGUUCAUCAUUGGAUACUGCAAAAAUGUUUUGGCCUGUAGCUCUUCCUCGCAAAAGCCACUUCAAAGCAGCUGCAAAGAUGCGAGCUGUGAAAUCGGAAAACAAUUCCCUUAAAAGCAUAUGCUCAGAUUCAGGUGAAGGCACUACUGUGGUGGAGAAAAGUGGAGAGGUUUCCACCAUCAGUGGAAAGAUUGUGGUUGGUGCUGAUGUCGACAUGUCGGUCACGUAUACACGCGUUGUUACUGCUACAGUCUUGGGCGUUUUAGCUUCUAGGUUGCGUGAAGGUUCUUUGCAAUUUUUUAUUGACCCCUUAUGGAAGGCGCUUACCUCUCUAUCUGGAGUUCAACGUGAGGUAGCUUCAAUGGUGCUUAUUUCUUGGUUUAAAGAACUGAAAACCAGGAACAUUUUGGAUAUGGAUGGGGUCGUUGCUGGCAUCUCUAGUAAUUUUAGGAGCUGGUUGUUGGAUUUAUUAGGCUGCACUAAUCCUGCUUUUCCUACAAAAGAUUCUCUUCUUCCUUACAUUGAACUCUCAAGAACAUAUGAUAAAAUGCGCAAUGAAGCUCGUCAACUGUACCUUGUGACCGAGUCAUCUGACAUGUUUAAAGAUUUGUUAUCAUCCACCCCGGUUGACCUGGAUAAUCUCAGUGCGGAUGAUGCAAUGAAUUUUGCAUCUAAACUUCAAUUUUCAAAAUCUGCUGAGCAGAACAGUCUGGACGAACUAGAAACAUUCAAACAGAGGCUUUCGACCACUUCUGGGUAUUUGAAAUGCGUCCAGAAUAAUUUGCAUGUUACUGUCUCUUCUUUACUGGCUGCUGCUGUUGUCUGGAUGAAUGAGCUUCCCGUGAAACUGAAUCCAAUUAUUUUACCUUUGAUGGCUUCUAUUAAGAGAGAACAGGAGGAGAUAUUACAAAGUAAGGCGGCUGAGGCUCUUGCAGAGCUUAUCUAUCGUUGUAUGGGACGGAAGCCUGGACCAAAUGAUAAGUUAAUUAAGAACCUCUGUAGUUUGACAUGCAUGGAUCCUUGUGAGACACCUCAAACCGGAAUUUUGAAUUCUAUAGAAAUAAUUGAAGAGCAAGAUCUUCUAUCCUCAGGAAGUAGCAGUAAUAGACACAAAUCAAAAGUUCAUAUGCUCUCCCCUGGUGAAGAUCGUUCAAAGGUUGAGGGCUUCAUCAGUAGACGUGGAUCUGAACUUGCCUUGAAGUUCUUAUGUGAAAAAUUGGGUGGAUCCUUGUUUGAAAAGCUACCUAAGCUGUGGGACUGCCUAGUGGAAGUUCUUAAGCCUUGUAAUCUUGGAGGCAUGACUGCAGAAGAUGAAAGGCUUAUUACUCAAGCUAUUGAGUUGGUUAAGGAUCCUCAGAACUUGAUUAACAAUAUCCAGGUAGUCCGUUCUAUUGCACCACUGCUGGAUGAGACAUUAAGACCGAAACUCCUCACUCUCCUUCCAUGCAUUUUCAGAUGUGUUCGUCAUUCACAUAUAGCUGUGAGAUUAGCUGCAUCUAGAUGUAUUACAACCUUGGCCAAGUCAAUGGCAUUGGAUGUGAUGGGUUCAGUUAUUGAGAAUGUUGUGCCUAUGUUAGGUGACGUUACAUCUGUACAUUCUAAACAAGGAGCUGGCAUGCUUGUCAGUUUGCUUGUCCAGGGACUUGGUAUCGAGCUGGUUCCAUAUGCUCCCCUUUUGGUAGUUCCCCUUCUGAGGUGUAUGAGUGAUUCAGAUCAUUCUGUCAGACAGAGUGUGACACAUAGUUUUGCCACCCUUGUGCCUCUACUUCCAUUAGCACGUGGUGUUUCUCCUCCUGUUGGUCUCAGUGAACACCUAUCAAGAAGUCAAGAAGAUGUUAAAUUUUUGGAGCAGCUAAUUGACAACUCUCAUAUUGACGAUUGCAUGCUCUCAACUGAACUAAAGGUGACAUUGAGAAGGUACCAACAAGAAGGUAUAAACUGGUUGGCAUUUUUGAAGCGCUUUAGUCUUCAUGGGAUAUUAUGUGAUGACAUGGGCCUUGGUAAAACCCUUCAAGCAUCAGCAAUUGUGGCAUCUGAUGUAGCAGAGCACAUUGCUCUAAAUAGUUCCCCGGAACUACCUCCAUCCUUGAUAAUAUGCCCGUCAACCCUUGUUGGCCACUGGGUUUAUGAAAUAGAGAAGUUUAUUGACGGUUCUUUGCUUACCACCCUCCAGUAUGUUGGUUCUGCACAAGAACGCAUUUCUCUACGGUCUCAGUUUAAGCAGCAUAAUGUUAUUGUGACAUCAUAUGAUGUCAUCCGCAAAGAUGUUGAUUAUCUUAGACAGCUGUUUUGGAACUAUUGCAUUCUAGAUGAGGGACAUAUCAUAAAGAAUUCUAAGUCGAAAAUAACAGUUGCUGUUAAACAAUUGAAGGCACAACACCGCCUCAUUCUGAGUGGAACACCAAUACAGAAUAACGUGUUGGAUCUGUGGUCACUCUUUGACUUCCUUAUGCCAGGGUUUCUUGGAACUGAAAGACAAUUUCAUGCCUCCUACGGGAAACCACUACUAGCUGCCAGAGAUCCCAAAUGUUCAGCCAAGGAUGCUGAAGCAGGUGUGCUUGCUAUGGAAGCAUUGCACAAGCAGGUGAUGCCUUUUCUCCUUCGCCGGACUAAAGAUGAAGUCUUAUCUGAUUUGCCAGAGAAAAUUAUUCAGGAUAGAUACUGUGACCUGAGUCCUGUUCAGCUAAAACUCUAUGAACAAUUUUCUGGUUCACAUGUAAGACAAGAAAUUUCCAGCAUGGUGAAGCACAAUGAAUCAGAUGCAAGUCAAAAAAACGAUUUGCCAAAAGCAUCUUCUCAUGUAUUCCAGGCACUUCAAUACUUGCUUAAACUUUGUAGUCACCCUUUGCUCGUGUUUGGGGAGAGUGUUUCAGAAUCCCUCUCAUCUAUUGUGUCAGAUCUCUUCUCUCCUGGUGCUGACAUUGUUUCAGAACUCCAUCAACUCCACCACUCUCCCAAAUUAGUCGCCUUGCAGGAGAUCCUUUCGGAGUGUGGAAUUGGUGUUGAUUCAGGUUCUGAAGGCCCUAUUGGUGUAGGACAGCACAGAGUCCUGAUAUUUGCACAGCAUAAGGCCUUGUUGGAUAUCAUUGAGAGAGACUUGUUUCAAAAUCAUAUGAGAAAUGUUACUUACUUGAGGCUGGAUGGAUCGGUUGAACCAGAAAAGCGCUUUGACAUUGUGAAAGCCUUCAAUUCGGAUCCUACUAUAGACGCUUUACUGCUUACUACACAUGUUGGUGGGCUUGGUUUGAACCUGACAUCAGCUGAUACCCUUGUGUUCAUGGAGCAUGACUGGAAUCCAAUGCGAGAUCACCAGGCUAUGGAUCGAGCUCACAGGUUGGGCCAGCGAAAAGUUGUAAAUGUUCACCGUCUCAUCAUGCGAGGAACCUUGGAAGAAAAAGUAAUGAGUCUCCAAAGGUUCAAAGUGUCAGUUGCCAAUGCAGUGAUCAAUGCAGACAAUGCAAGUUUGAAAACGAUGAAUACAGAUCAGUUACUUGAUCUAUUUACUUCGGCAGAAAGCAAAAAGGGAGCCGGUAGAUCCAAAAGAACUGAUGAAAAUUCUGAUGUGGACUCAAUCUUGCCACGUAAUGGGAAGGGAUUGAAAGCCAUUCUCGGAGGAUUGGAGGAGCUUUGGGAUCAGUCACAAUACACGGAGGAGUAUAACCUGGGCCAGUUCUUAGCAAAGCUUAAUGGUUAAUUAUCUAAGCUUCUCUGUGUGCCUUCUGCAUACCUUGCAUUGGAGUAUGCUGAUCAAGGUAGGGAUGAGAUCUAGCUACGCGUUCCAUGUACAAAGUGUACAUUCUUUGAGUCAGCCCACAAUUUUGAUGAUUAGAGGUAGUUCCGUUUUUCCUCUUUUAUUUUGUUUUCGUCUUCUUUUUCUCGUGAUAAUUCUAGACAGGCAAUUACAUUUUUGGACUCCAUUAACAUAGAAUAGUUUAUAGCGGAGCCCAGUUGUGGGAUGGCACAGAUGAUGCCUCUGUUAGGAAAGCUGACAUUGUAAAUCAUGGAUGAUGUAAAUACAUUCAGCUUUUCUAUAUUAAUGCAAAUCGAAAUGAAUAUUGGUUUCA